CUUCUUCUUCUUCUGCUUCUGCUUGCAUCAGACCCCAUCUUGCCUUCUUCGUCAACGUCUGCGUUCCUCUGCCUCAAAUUCUGCUCGAUUUUCUGAUCUCAUCAAUUUUCAAUCCAUUGCACUCAUGGCCACCGCCGGGAACAAGAACAUCAAUGCCAAAUUGGUGCUUCUUGGGGAUGUUGGAGCUGGGAAGUCUAGUCUGGUGUUGCGCUUUGUAAAAGGACAAUUCAUUGAAUUUCAGGAAUCAACAAUAGGUGCUGCCUUCUUCUCACAAACAUUGGCUGUAAACGAUGCAACUGUAAAAUUUGAGAUUUGGGAUACAGCAGGUCAAGAGAGGUACCAUAGUUUGGCGCCAAUGUAUUACAGAGGAGCUGCUGCUGCAAUUAUUGUGUAUGAUUUAACAAAUCAAGCCUCAUUUGAGCGAGCAAAAAAAUGGGUCCUCGAACUCAAGUCACAAGGUAACCCAAACAUGGUUAUGGCACUAGCUGGUAAUAAAGCGGAUCUGGUGGAGGCCAGGAAAGUGGCAGCAGAGGAUGCACAAUCAUAUGCUCAAGAGAAUGGCCUUUUCUUCCUCGAAACCUCUGCAAAAACUGCAGACAAUGUCAAUGACAUUUUCUAUGAGAUAGCAAAGAGAUUACCUCGAGUGCAGCCUGUGCAGAACCCAGGAAUGGUUCUUAUGGACAGACCUUCUGAAAGGGUGGCAAGCUCGUCUUGUUGCUCAUAGACCGGAGAACCUUCUACGGUGCUUUCGGUCACUGCCUGCUCGGUAUUUCCACAAUAGCUCGCGUAACUCACGGUUGGAACAUGAUAUAUCAGCUAUCGAGUUUCACUUGAAUGUGUACAUUGAAUUCAGAUUUGUAUAUGCAUGUUUGUUUAGAUAUGGAGAUUGUGAUUGUCUUUUCUUGUAAUGAAAUGGUUUGGCAUGAAAAUACUCGGAUGUUUGGUAGUAACUAAUAAGAAUUCUUGUUCUUUAA